AUGGGGAGGGAGAAGAAAACAACGCUGGCGGCCGCAACCGCCGGCAAGACUGCGAAAGAAAGGCACCAGAGAACGGGAAGGGACAACAGCGCCUGGACGGCACCCGUCCGAGCAGACCUGGUUGCCCUGCCAGAGAAGAACAUUUCAUCCAAACACAAGUCUUACUUCCAGGUCUUCGAGAACCAUGACAAGAAGGAGAAAAAGCUCGAGUUCAAGAUUACAACUGACAAGAACCCUCCUCCCGGAUUCGAAUUCGUGCCUAUUGGGAACCCCGAGCUCACUCAAGCAUGCAAGGAGCUCUCACGGGAGCGAGAUGCAAUGAUUUUCAUUGUUUGUACGGCAAAGGAUGCCAACGCAAACAAAUUGGCACUUCAGAUGAGCCGCACUGGCCACCACAUCAGGCGUACCAUUGUCGAAGAGGCGCGUGCUCAGAUCGGCGAGGAGGAUGCCUCGACUGCAUCGAACUCGGGGGAGCCAGAGCCGAUUCCUGACACCCAAGAGGAAUAUAACGCGCAAGCCGAUGCUGCUCUAAGGGAUCUCUUCCCACGAAUACCGAAUACCGACAGGCAGAUGAUCAUUGAGCAUGCGUUCAAGCUGCUUCUGAGGGAGGCUAGCUACGCGACCGCCAGGAGAGUCGUUGAGCAGCAUUGUUUAGAUUUCCUCGUCAAGUGGCGAGGGGACGAAGAGACCGGACGGGAUCAGUUCGACGAGAUUCUGCGCGAGGUAGUAGUCUUGUCAGACGAUUCAGACGAAGACUCGGAGGACGAUGAGUCCAGCGAUGAGGACUUUGUCCGCAUCAAUACGGCUGUGGACUCCCAGCGCGGGUUUUCAGUGCCUUCGGGAGCUGGUAAAUCUCCCACCGGGCCCGGAUACUCGACAGGGUCGGGCUCGAGCAGGACGCUCUCUUAUAAGCCUCCAGUCUUAGCAGUUGCUGCGAAGAGUGCUGGCCAACGUGCCAAGCCGCAAAGACCUAAGAAGACUAACCGUGGCUUCAAGCGUUACGAGGCUGUGGCCAAGCGCUGGGAAGAGGCCGUAAAUCGCAACCGCCAUUCCCAAAAUACUGGUCCAGCCGGGCAUGCUGCACCUAUGGACAGAAUGCCCAGCCAGGGGUCCCGGCGGCUUCCCUCGCUUGAGAUUAUCUCGUCUGGGCCCAGAGCUGCCUCCCCUCGAAACCCAUUCAUGACUACCACGACCGCAUGCCGGUUGCCAACCUUGAACCCCAGCGAUCCAUACCCAUGCCCAGCUAUACUGGCCCUCAGACUGCACCGCACACAGGUUCUCGUUCUGUCCCUCCGGAAGCAAUGA